GGCAAAAAAUGUGAGAGUGAAACUUUCGCAAACACCGAGAAAAAAUGCAACAAGGAGAUACGUAAUUAAGAUGUGUUGUGGAACGAGCGCCUCGUCAAAAUGCGACCCUAAAUGGCAGAACAAGCACAAAAAUGCACCCAAAUCAUCUAUCAAAACAACUAUACUGAACAAUGCGAAAGAGACCACGCGGCUUUCCAAAACUACCCCUGCGCCAAGUACUGAAAAUACUGUUGAGUUCAACUCCGAACCCUCCACUUUGCAAUCAAACCUGGAGACAUCUGCGCCAACAGAAGACCAAAGAACUUCGUCCUCUGAGACAAUAUCAAACUUUGACCAGUCCAGUCAGAGCAACGUUGUAGAGCAAAAAAGCUCUGCAAAAACCGAGCAGAUUUCUUCCAGCACUAUCACAAGUGCGCCCAUCACUGCAAUUUCAAGCAACCCUUUUCAGACAACACUAAAUGAGAUAAAAACUUCAGUAAUGGUGAACAGCGCUUCCGUGGCAGCUGCAACCGCUCUAAUAUUGACACAGGCUUCAACCAAUUUGACGUCUUCAGCUUCAUCACCAGCCACAACUUCUAAAAUGACCACUUUUUUACUUUUCUCGCAGCCAACAACCAUAAUCGCACAAGCUACACCGAGUCUAAUUUCUUCUUCUGCCUCCACCAUAUUGCCUUCAACUACACCAACAAUUCUUCAAUCUGUCAUCAAUACUUCACCACUUCCUGUGAUAAAUCAAACUGCAUCAACUGCCAAUUCUUCCGUUCAAUGA